CUUUACUUCUUUCUUUCCUCUUUCUUCCUUUUCCUCGCCGCCUCGCACCAUGAUCGACCCUCACCCUAGCGCAGUCAAAUUCAAAACUUUCGCGCAUCUUCGGCUAAUUAAUCGUAUCGUUUCUUUUUAUAAAAUUCUAUUUAUUUAUUUUUAUCACGCCGACGAUCGUUAUCGCUCGUCUUCCUGUUUUUCCCAUUCAUUUUCAAAUUGAUCGACGUACUCGAAAAACGGGAGAUUAUCGGGCGCAUCGAUAUUCGUCGGUAACAGCAUCUUAUCUCGUCUACGCGAUCGUCUGCGCGAUAAUCCCGCGUUCGCAGUUCGUCUCGUUAUCGAGCGUGUUGUUUUUCGCCGGUAAUGUCGCAAACAAACAGCGAUUGGAAAAUUGGUCAGUUUUUAAGGAGUUUGCUUGUUUACCGGAUUCGCGCGAAAGGUCCGCGGCGUAGUCGAAGGAGCGAAAUGGAAUCGAGCCAGGAGGCAGGAGCCAGGAGUCAGCGGAGUCGAGGAAACGAGCGAACGAGCGACGUGUGCGCGAUCGGUGGGAGCGGCUGUCGCCGCUUAACCGGAUGCUACCUGCAACUCGGGAAUACUAAACGAUCCUGCUGAUCGAUGUAUUUACCAAUCCAAAGGCAACGAGGAUGCAGCAGGGAAUCGUGCCAUUGUGCAUAUUCGUGGUGGUAAUCGGCCUGUUCGCCUCGUCGAAUUUAUCGACGGAUGCCGCGCCGCAACAGAGUUACUGGAAUCAAGUCGACGAGGAGGAUCCGGAAGCGUUGAUGGAGUUCAUAAAUCGACUCGGUCGCACCAUAAUGCUCAAUCCAGAAGUGGAAAAUAACAAACGUGGACUGGAUUUGGGUUUGAGCCGUGGAUUCAGCGGCUCUCAGGCGGCGAAGCAUUUGAUGGGAUUAGCGGCGGCUAAUUAUGCUGGAGGACCCGGUCGACGACGCCGUUCCGAACAACCCUAGAUCAGUGGCAACGUUCACCCUUUUCCUCGAUUCUUCUAACAAUCUUCUUCUCUUCUUUUCUUUCCAUACUUUCAUCCACUUUUUCCCCGAGUAAGUACUCCGCUUUCGUUCAAUUCUUUCCUAUCGAGUCGUUGAAACGUUAGCGCAUAGUUCGUCUAUUUUGCGUGAUAAUAAUUAUAAAAAUGGAUACGGAAUGUAAAGAGGACGAUUGAUAAAUUCAUCUAUGUAAAAUUGAUCGGCAAGGACUAUACGUUGAAACGUUGAAAUGUUCGAGCGUAAUUUAAAUGCAUUCGACGCUCUCCAGACGUAGAAAUAGUCUAUCUUACUUAUUAUUCACAAUUUUCUUUACGAUCGCAUCGAUCGUAUCUCAAGUAUAGUUUAAUUCCGUUGAGAAAAUGAUUCUCUAUAUAUAUAUAAAGCUGUACAACUAUAGGUCUCUGAUGCAUCAUAGUCACCAAUGCGAAUAUUGCAAAUAAAAAGGUUACAAAAA